UCCCUCUCCUCUCUCUCUCUCUCACACACACACACACACACACACACACACCUCUUCUCCAACACCAGCUUUGCUUCUCUCUUGCACUCUCUCUCUCUCUCUCUCUCUCUCUCUCUCUCUCUAUCACUUUAGGGUUUUUGUUUCUCUGUCUAAAGAAGGUUGCCGAUUGUCUAUUUUCUCUCUCUCUCUCAGGGAUUUGGCUGGUUGAUGGAGUAGUUUCUAAUGGCGACUGCGCCGGCGAAGUCUCAGCCUCUGCACUACUUUUCUCUGCCGCUACUAAGAUGGGGCCACAAAAAUCAGAUGAACAGCCACCACUGCCGCCGUAGACCUUCCGACUCCAACCACAACUCCCCGCCGCCGCCCCGCCGCCGCCGCUCUUCACCUUCAGAGAAUGACUCCGACGGCGGUUCCAAAAACCGGAGCCUUCCGGUCGGAUCGCGAACCGUGCGGUACAGGUUCUCAUUCUCGUCCUGUUCUUCGCAGAAACAUCAAGACGCAGUUUUAGAGAGAGAAGACAACCAAGUCGAUGAGUCUGAACUCAAAGAAUCGGAGGGGAAGCCGUGGAAUCUGAGACCUAGGAAGGCUGGUGCGAGGGCUACGACUGAAAUCGAAGGGGUUUCGAAGAACGAUGAAAUGCAGGAAGCGAGUCAUGCCGUUGUUGCAAUUCGUGCUGUUGAUCAGACUGAGAACCUCCCGAGAUCGGUGAGAUUGAGGGGUUUUGGCGAAGGUCAGAGAUCGGAGAAGAAGGAGAAGAGGAAGUUCUGGAUUUCUCUUUCUCGGGAGGAAAUUGAAGAAGAUAUGUAUGCCAUGACCGGAGGGAAGCCAGCUCGGAGGCCGAAGAAGAGGCCAAAGAAUGUACAGAAGGAACUAGAUAAUGUUUUCCCUGGCAUGUAUUUAGCAGGAAUUACAGCGGAUGAUUAUGAAGUUAAUGAUAGGUAGAUAUGUCUGAAACAACUUUGAUCGUUAGAAGCUUGAAGAGGUUUGGUAGAGCUUGCCCAUGCUGCAUUGAGGUCUCAAUUGGAGGUAUUGCAAAGAUGAAAGGAGAAUACAAAAUUGAAAGACAUAUACUUUCUUUUCUGCUAAUUCGCACUGCACAUUAUCGGAUCAUGUAGGUAUAUACCCUAGUAGUUUUUCUUCUUGUUAAUAGUUUGGGAUGUAAGCAUGAACAUAAAGAUGGAUGAAUAGAGAGAAUUGUGUUGUUUUUGUUUCAA